CAGCACGUCAAUCGAAUUUGCGAGACAUUGGCGACAAGGUUACGUCCCGCCGCACGGUCUUCGAGUCUGUGAAGAAAGCGUGCCCCCACGAUGACACCUGUCCUGGAGACCCAGAGUUGCAUUUCUACGUUAUCCGACCAAGUGCCUUCGAAGUGCCGUGCCCAGCCUGAGGUGGAGUCCGGUGUUAAGGGCGACAGGAGUCCGAAGUCCAGCACCAAUAGCAACGGCAUCAGUCGAACAAUUCAGGAGAGCGCCACUCCUUCUCUACCCCGGGAGACGUCAAGAUCCGAUGGAGCUUCGAGCCCCUUGGACUCAUCGACGGCUUCCUCCUUGGCUACCUCAGCGACGGCGGCCAUUCAGUCAAUUAAAGGCACCAUUUACCCCGCCAGCGGCACCUUCAAGGGGGUGAGCGUGGCGGAAGAAAUGAACCCGCUGCGGCGAAGCACCAUGGAAGACGUGCACCGAGUCCUACCUGUCUUUGAUGGCGAUGCAUGUAUGAGCUUCGUGGGCAUCUACGAUGGGCAUGGGGGGCGGGACAUAGUGGAUUUCCUUGCCACGGAGCUCGAAAAGAACGUGGCGCGUGAGCUUAAAGUUGAAGACGGGGCCAGCGUGCCGGAGAGACUGGAGAGGGCAUAUCUGUUGACGGACGUGCAAUCUCGACAGGCGGAACUGAUGGGUUCCGGGGCGACCGCCG